AGAGAGAGAAAGAGAGAGAGAGAGGGAAGGGAGAGAGAGAGAGGCAGAGGGAGAGCUGAGGAAAGAAAAAAAGGCAAGACUUGGCACAGCUCAGUCAAAUCAGCUUCUUUUGUCUGCUUUCUCCGCUUGAGCUUCAGGAAAGAAAACCGUCCUGGGGUACAGAAAACUCAGAACUUUUUUGGUUUUCAAACUUAGAAGGCUUUUUAAGUCUCUUGGGCUAUUUGAAAGUGUUGGUACAUACAAUGACGUUUAGGCACCAGUAUUAAGGGAAAUAAAAGCCUUUUUCAAAAUGAAGCUUCCACAGUGUCCAUGCAUUUGGGAAAUACUGUAUUUGGUUUUUUUUUGGCAUGUAUGAUUAUCCUAUGAGAGACAGGAUUGACAGUGUAGAAGAUGGCAAGGCAAAAAUCUAAUUAGAGAGACUAUUAAUUUUCUACAAAAUAAACUUUGUUCAUCAAUACAAACCUGCUUUCAAAUCAAAUCAGACCUCCUUCGGAAUGUGUUCAGAACCAAUGAGUGACAACACUGAAGACCAGAAAGGCAAGCUGAAGACACCAGACUUCGCUUGAAGGGCAAACAAGAAAUCCAAACAUCAUGUCAAUGGCAACAGAACAGUUGAACCUUUCCCAGAGGGAACACAGAUGGCUCUAUUUGGAAUGGGCUGUUUCUGGGGAGCUGAAAGGAAAUUCUGGACCCUGAAAGGUGUAUAUUCAACUCAAGUUGGUUAUGCAGGAGGCUAUACUCCCAAUCCUACUUAUAAAGAAGUCUGCUCAGGAAAAACUGGCCACGCAGAAGUAGUCCGGGUGGUGUACCAGCCAGAACGCAUCAGCUUUGAGGAACUGCUCAAGGUCUUCUGGGAGAAUCAUGACCCGACCCAAGGCAUGCGCCAAGGCAACGACCACGGCUCUCAGUACCGCUCUGCCAUCUACCCGACCUCUGCUGAGCACAUGGGGGCAGCCCUGAGGUCCCAGGAGGACUACCAGAAGGUUCUGUCGGAGCAUGGUUUCGGCCUGAUCACCACGGACAUCCGGGAGGGACAGACCUUUUACUAUGCGGAAGAUUACCACCAGCAGUACCUGAGCAAGAACCCCGACGGGUACUGCGGCCUCGGGGGCACCGGAGUAUCUUGUCCCCUGGGUAUUAAAAAGUAAUUUCUCCCCACGUGGUCAGCCCUCGAGGUCACAGCAAAAAUGCUUCCAACAAAUGGGGGAGUUCUUUUGUGGUUCACGCCAGGGAAUUUUUUGUAGUGCACAAAGACAUUCAUAAAAAUCUGGUUUAUUAAGGGGUAAUUUACAUGAAGUGCCAUGGCAAGUUGAUAACAUGUAAUUCAUGUUCUAAUAAGUUAUGGUGGGAGGAGCCCGCGGUGAAAAUUUUUGGACCGUUUGAUGUCUGAAAGAGGAUGACGAAUAAUCAGUGUUCACUUUUCGUGCUUGGGUGCCUGCGGGGACCAAGCUGGCAGAAUGUGUGUUGGGAGGGGAGAGGUCAGGGCUUCCUUCACCACAUCCCGCCCCUCGCAAAAGCCCUCCUGCCCUUCAGUGCCUUAAAAUUUGCAGGCGUUUAUAGCCUCAAUGAAUCGUUCCCUGAAAUACUUUGCUCAACUGAUCCUGUACAUGUAUAAGGGGCUUUCUCUCUCUUUUUCGCCCUCCUCAUGGCAGGGAAAAGCUAUGAGUUAGCUUGAUAAAUUUUAACGCUUUGCUCACAGCUAUGACAUAUGCUUGUUCUAAUAAAGGUCUACAGUCUGCUAAUACAAA